AUGGCUGCAAAUGCGACUCCCGGCACUCACAUUCUAUCUCCAAAGUCUCUUGUUCCCGCGUCUCAUGCAAAUUGCAGACCGAGCAUUGCUUAUUUCGGCAAUGAAACCAAAGGCACGUCUUGGACAAAGCUUAGAAGCUCUUUUUCGCAACCGGAAACACAGUCUUUCUCCAAAACUUAUGAAAUAAAUUGGUCGAAAUGUGAAAGGCUUUGUGUAAAAGCAAUGUCGGGAGCUAGUGAAAAACAGCCUUUGCCAGGACUGUCUGUUGAUCUGAGAGGAAAAAGGGCAUUCAUUGCCGGUAUAGCUGAUGAUAAUGGGUAUGGGUGGGCCAUUGCAAAAUCUCUAGCAGCUGCCGGAGCUGAAAUUCUAGUUGGGACUUGGGUUCCUGUAUCACUAAAUAUCUUCGAAACCAGCUUACGGCGUGGGAAGUUUGAUGAGUCACGGGUGCUGCCAGAUGGUUCUCUAAUGGAAAUUGCAAAAGUCUACCCACUCGAUGCUGUUUUUGACUCUCCCGAGGAUGUUCCUGAAGAUAUCAAAACAAAUAAACGCUACGUAGGAUCUUCAAAAUGGACUGUGAAGGAAGUUGCUGAAUCGGUGAAACAGGGUGUCGGCACAAUUGACAUUCUCGUUCACUCGCUUGCCAAUGGUCCAGAGGUUGGUAAGCCUCUGCUGGAGACAUCCAGAAAUGGUUACCUUGCAGCAAUCUCCGCAUCAAGCUAUUCGUUUAUUUCUCUCCUCAAACACUUUCUUCCCAUCAUGACUCCUGGCGGUGCCACAAUAUCUCUAACAUACAUUGCCUCCGAGAAAAUAAUACCAGGAUAUGGUGGCGGGAUGAGUUCAGCAAAGUCUGCUUUAGAGAGUGACACAAGGGUGCUUGCUUUUGAAGCUGGAAGAAAACACAACAUUAGAGUCAACACCAUAUCUGCAGGCCCAUUAAGAAGCCGUGCUGCAAAAGCUAUCGGAUUUAUCGACAUGAUGAUCGAUUACUCGUUGGAGAAUGCACCUUUGCAGAAGGAGCUAACUGCUGAUGAGGUUGGAAAUGCUGCUGCUUUUCUGGUGUCUCCACUGGCGUCGGCCAUUACUGGUGCCGUUGUUUAUGUCGACAAUGGGCUUAAUGCAAUGGGAGUUGAAGUCGACAGCCCGGUUUUUCGUGACCUUGAUAUACCAAAAGCCCGGUAA